AUGAAGGAGUCAACUAGAACUUCCACGCCCUCAUCUGGGGCAAAACCCAAAGGCGAUAGAGAAAUUUGUCUCCGACCGAGUAGUUCGGUAUUUUUAGGAGAUCAGCAGUUAUACUUCACUCAAGAGUAUCUGGCGACGAAUUCGUUGAAUAUGAAGUAUGUUGUCUACUUCGCAGCUUGCCAGUUUUCGGGACCAAUCGCUGUCAUUUACGCCGCCCCAAAAUCAUGGUUCAUCUGGAUUCGCACGAUCAGUGGGCGAAUCUUAAAACGAGAUUUGCCAUGCACAGAUCCAGUCUUCAUCGAUUGGACUCGCGCCCAUUGCCUCCUUGUCCUGAGCAAAAACGGAAGAGCCCAAGUGCUUUCAUCGAUCGGAGAGAAGGUUUCCGAAGUCUUUUUCGAUAAUCAAGUCUCCGAUGUCCAUGAGUGUCGUACAUUUGCCACGUCACGAGGGGAUAGUGGAAUCGCAGUGAUGGAUGUAGAUGGGCAGGUAGCAGUGGUGAAUUCUGUGUCGGAACCAGUGAUUUGGAGCAUGAGACCUCCAUACUCAGAGCUUCCGACGGCGUGGACAGCGUUUCAGCCACACUCUCAAUUGACGCAUAUCCUUUUGAUUUUCGAGGCAGUUUUUCUGAUGGGAUGUCAAGGAGAAUCACUUCAAGUUCAGAAUCAUGCUUCGGUUUGGGUGGAUUCAAGUACAAAAUAUGUGAAAUGCGUUGUUGAUGAUGCUCGGAGCAGGAUUGCGAUGAUGACGGAGAAUGGAAAGAUACAGAUCGUCUCCAUUGACCUGUCCACCUGCUUCUGCACAGUUGAAGUCACCGAACACGAGAUUGGAAAAUGCAUCAAUUUCGGAUGGGUCGGAAAUUCCGUUGUAUUCGUUCAAAUGUCCUCAUCACUAACUGUCUUUGUCAACGUCAGUGCUCGGAGGAAGCCAGGAGACGAAGUACGGUUUAUGAGUAUAAAAAUGACAGCUAAUGCUCGAAUCAGUGUAGAACCCGAUGGCAUUCGACUCUUUGAAUCCACUCGAGUGGAAUUCGUUGAAGCGGCCAGCAGGGAAAAGAUUGCAGUUCUCAACCGAAGCCUUAAUGAAGACGGUGCCUAUUUGUACAAAGCGGCUCAAGAAAUGGAGCAAGGAACCGGUCACAACUCAUUCGCUGCUUCUACAGUAAUCCAGGAUAUGUACAAAGCUAUUGAUGACUGUAUCUCGACGGCAUGUGACACGUGGCAACCAGAAGAGCAGAAGUUGCUUUUGAAGGCUGCUAGAUUCGGCAUGGCUUAUACCAAUACGACACCGGAUACUACAAAACUGAUGAGAGCAAUCAAGGAGAUCCGAGUGCUCAAUGAGCUUCGAAUGGUUAGAACUGGCAUCCCUCUCACUCAUCGGCAGUAUCGAAUCAUUGGAGAUACUUGCAUAAUCAAUCGUCUUAUCGACAUGGGCUCCUACAGUGUCGCCAUCAAAGUAGCUCAAUGGCUCGGUGGAGAGAAUUGUGAGAGUGUGGAUCGAGUACUCCUCGAAUGGGUUCGUCGUUCGAUCAGCAAAGUGUCUCGGAGCAAUAUGAAGAUGGAUCAACCUGCACUGGAGGCUCUAGAUGAGAAGAUAUCCGCGAAGCUGCUACAGUUCCCACAUGUAUCGAUGGCUGAUGCUGCCCGUCGAGCUAUCGAAGCCAAGCUUCCAGAGCUCGCUAGACUUUUUAUUCGACGAGAGACGGAUGACGAGAGCCACGUAGCUGUUCUCCUACAGUUGAACGAUGUGUCAGCAGCACUUACAAAGGCAGCAGCGUCCCAGAGACCUCAACUGAUCCAUCAAGUGGUAAGACAUUUGAUGACAAGUGAGAGCAGAUCCAGUUAUGAAUUGGCUAUCAGUAGAAUCCCACUUGCUCAAUGUCUUUAUCAAGACCUAGUUCGUCAAGAGGGAGAAACAAGAGGAAUCUCUUCUCGACAGAUGUUGGCGCUCUUGGAGCAAGCUAGCGAUUUCGAGAGGCAAACGCUGUUUCAUUUCGAUGUUGCUGAAAUUGAGAGAAAUCCCAGCGAACGUUUGAAUGCUCUCCGUCGUGCGAAAGAUGCGGCGAAAAGCAUGGGUGACAAAGCGAUCGAGGAGAUUCUGAACGAUGUCAGUGCAUUUGCUCCAUUGCAAAUUCAGCGGGGUCAAGCGGAUAUGUCGGUGAGGGAUACGAUUAUUGAGAUUGCGGAUGAUACGGCGAAAGUGGCUCAGUUGAAGCAGCAAGCGAGAUUGAACGAUAAGCAAGUUCUCCUAUGGACUAUCGAAGGUCUGGCAAAGAAGGGAAAAAUGGAGCAGUUGUUUGAUUUGGCUCAGAAACGAUCGCCAAUUGGAUACGCGCCAUUUGUCAAAGCCUGUGUUCGAUACAAGAGAAACGAGGAGGUCAACAAGUACUUCGCCAAAGCCAAUGGCUACUCAGAUCUGGUCGCUGCGAAUCUGGCCAAGAAGAAUUAUGUGGAUGCUGCCAAGCUGGCUUAUGAUCGGAGGGAUCGGGAGGUACUCCAUGCUAUUCACAUGAAGUCCCACGAUGAUCCGGUGCAAUGUCCGAGAGUGAAGCAGUUGCUGAAUUCAAUGGAUCAGGCUUGA